CAUUCCUUUUCACAUUACAGCUGUUGCCAGCAGUGACGGAGGUCUUCACGGCAAACCAGAAAGUGUAACAUCGGUAAAAUUCCAAGGAUCUGCUCGGAAUCCCCUUGUGGACACAUCUGGAAGCCUGACGGCUAACUCAUUUAGGAACAGAAUGUCUGCUGGGAGCACCAAGGAACGUGUUUCUAAUUCAGGUUCUGUACAAGCUGCAGAGGAGCAGACAAGUCCUCUGUCUCAGCCUGCUGGUAGGAAAGUAGAAAACCUCAUGGAUACCUCAAAGACUAAAUCACCUUCCCGCAUAAGAGUUCCUCAGAGGCAGAAAUGCAAACUCAAACAAGCAAGUUCCGUUUGCAGCUACACCAAGCCUCAGACAGCCAUGAAGAAGAAGAAGAGGAAAAUGGGAAUGUACAGUCUUGUCCCAAAAAAGAAGACCAAAGUCCUUAAGCAGCAAGAGAAGAAUGUGGAGCCCCUUGACAUUAUGAAGCAGAGCAGACUUGCAGCAGAUGCAGUCAUACCAGAGAGUCUACAUGAAAUGAAGAGCGGAGACGGGAUGGUUGAGAAAAAUGACUUACUGAUGGAGGUGAAGCUGGGUGAAGGAUGCUGCAUUGAAUACACAGAACUGGCUUUGGACUGUCUCGAUCUUAAGGCUCAGGAAGAGCUGCUCUUGCCUCGUCUUUCAGAUGCUGAUGCAACAGAAAAGGACCUGGCUGAAGAGUUACCACUGUGUUGCUGCCGAAUGGAGACUCCUCACAGUGGAAGCAGCCUCUCCACACUGGAUCAGACCUGCAUGGCCAUGGAAAGAGUAGAUGGAAUGCUGAGUCGUUGUCAUCGGCGAGUGAUAAAACAGGAAAUGAUGAGACCCUCCAACGCUGUCCAUCUGCUGGUUUUGUGUGAGGAUCACCGAGCUGGCAUGGUCAAACAUCAGUGCUGCCCAGGCUGUGGACUCUUCUGCAGAGUGGGAACCUUCCUGGAGUGUAGGCCUUAUGGAAACAUUUCUCACCGCUUUCACAGAGACUGUGCCUCCAUGUUGAAGGGUCGCAUGUUUUGCCCACAUUGUGGAGAGGAUGCUUACGGGUCAAAAGAGGUCACAGUGCAAAAGCUGGAUAGGUCUCCCUCUAUCCCCCUGUCAAAACCUGGGCUAUCACUCCCAGGUGUGUCCAUAAUCCCCACCUUGCCAUCGGCACCCACAGCACCUGUUCUCCAGAUACUCAGGGCCAAGAAGACUACUGAACCACAGAGGACCAGAGAUGAGAGCCCUGACAGGUCAAAGGGUGAGCGGUUGCCUAAAGAGUCACUGGAGAGUAUCCUUAUGGCACUGGAUAAUGAAAACUUGAACCUGAAGAAUGUGCGAUACCCUUCCAAGCAGCUGUACAUUUCUGCAAAACAAGGAGAUAUCCAGAAGGUCAUUCAUCUUCUAGUUGAUGGCAAAGAUCCAAACUAUUCGAUGGAAGGCCAAAACAAGCGCACACCUCUUCAUGCAUCUGCUGCUGAAGGUCACCAGGAAAUCUGCCACAUAUUGGUCCAGGCUGGAGCCAACCUGGAUGUGUAUGAUGAGGAACAGCGGACGCCGCUGAUGGUUGCCUGUCAAAACAACCAUCUGGACACAGUGAAGUACCUCCUCAGAGCUGGUGCAGCCGUCAGUUGCAAGGAUCUCAUGGGGUUCACCUGCCUGCAUCUGUCAGCUAAGCUGGGUCAUUUUGAUAUAGUCCAACACCUGCUCUCCAAGGCCUCCAAGUACAUCAACUGUCAGGAUAAGGGUGGAUGGACUCCAAUCACUUGGGCCAUUGAGUACAAGCACAAAGAGCUGGUACGCCUGCUGCUGGCCCGAGGUGCUGAUGUCAACAUGAGAGACAAGGAAGAGAAUGUGUGCCUGCAUUGGGCAGCACUGGCGGGUUGUGCUGACAUUGCUCAGGUUCUUCUGGAUGCCCGAUGUGAUCUCAGUGCUGUCAACAUUCACGGAGACUCGUCGCUUCAUGUGGCUGCAAGAGAAAAUCACCUGGAGUGUGUAAUGUUGUUUCUGUCUCGAGGAGCAGAUAGUAAUCAGCAGAACAAUGAGGGAGAAACUCCUCUGGACUGCUCUGUUAAUGGCUCUAAGGUCUGGACAAUACUGAACACCAACAAGAAGCUGACUAACGUCUGGAGAGGUAGAGAUAGUCACGGAGAGCGACUACUCAGCAGGGAUAUCUCUCGGGGAUACGAGGCAAUUCCUAUAGCUUGUGUCAACGGUGUUGACUGUGAGCCCUGCCCUCAGAACUUUAAAUACAUACCCGACAACUGUGUCACCUCCACACUGAACAUAGACAAGGACAUCACUCACUUACAGCACUGCAGCUGUACAGACGACUGCUCGUCCAGUACUUGCAUAUGUGGUCAGCUCAGUCAGCGAUGUUGGUAUGACAAUGAGGGACGACUACCCCUGGAUUUUUGUCAGCGUGAGCCCCCAGUGUUGUUUGAGUGUAAUCAUGCUUGCUCCUGCUGGAGGACCUGCAGGAACCGAGUGGUCCAGAAUGGAAUAAAAGUCCGACUGCAGCUCUUCAGGACUCCGGCGAUGGGCUGGGGAGUAAGGACAAUGCAGGAUAUUCCUCAUGGAACAUUCAUUUGCGAAUACGUUGGGGAGAUUAUACCCGAUGCAGAAGCAGACAAACGGGAGAACGAUUCUUUCCUCUUCACCCUGGACAAUAAGGUAGGUGACAUGCACUGUAUCGACUCGAGGCUUUUUGGCAACAUUGGUCGCUUUAUAAAUCACUUCUGCGAGCCAAACUUGAUGGCAGUGAGGGUCUUCACCAUGCACCAGGAUUUACGCUUCCCCAGGAUAGCCUUCUUCUCAAGGAAGCCAAUCAAAGCUGGAGACCAAAUAGGGUUUGACUAUGGAGAUAAUUUUUGGAAUGUCAAGAGAAAGUACUUCAGCUGCCAGUGUGGUUCUUCGAAAUGUCGACACUCAUCUGUUAGUUUGUAGAGUCCGUAGCUCAUUGGUUACCACCCAGCACUGGACUAUCACACUGUCCCAUCUGACUGGGACUAGAUUCUGAUUGGUUUGUAUGAGCUUCCAUUCCCAACUGUAAAGCAACAAAUACAACAAGAAUAUUAAAAACUGACACCU